AUGGCGGCCCAAAGGCAGGCAUCGUCCGCCUCCCAAACCCCACAUAUCUCGCCUGCAGAGCUUUCUUAUCUCUACACAUCUCUUGCUCUUCCAGGUAACCCAAUUCGACCGGAUGGACGCUCGGCGACACAAUUUCGGCCCUUGACAGCGGAGACUGAUAUCCUUCCCGGAACUAACGGUAGCGCACGUGUUGGUUUUGCGGACGGCACCCAAGCAAUCGUCGGAGUAAAGGCAGAAGUAGAAAAAACAGCGGUCUCGGCAGAUGCGCUCAAAUUGCCGCAACAGACCCAGGAAGAAUACGCAGGAAAUACCGACGGCGAGGGAAGUCAAGAGUCGAGUUCUGGACAUGGGUCAUGGGUGCAGAUGUCGAUCGAGAUCCCAGGGUUCCGGGAUGACGAUGCUUUGCCAGUUUUCUUGUCCGAGAUGAUGCGAGAGCCUCUGGUUGAGUCUGUAUCAAGUGAGGGCUCUGGAAAUGGCGAGAUGGCUGGUGGCCUGAAGGGAAGGCUGGUGAUCAACAAACGGUGGCAUUGGCGUUUGUAUAUUGAUGUUCUUCUUCUCUCCCAACCUCAAUCAUAUCCGCUUCCAUUACUCUCCUUAACAACUCAUCUGGCGCUCCUGUCGACGAAGCUUCCGAAGUUGAAGUCCCAAGGCGAGGAAGAUCCGUUUUUCGAUGAUGAUUGGGAUGCUGCUGAAUACCUGUAUCCACGCUCUACCUCGACGGUAUCCCCUACUUCUUCCCAACAAGUUCGCCCCCCAGUAACGUUGCUCGUCGUCUCUGUGGGCGAAAACAUUAUCUUCGAUCCUGAUAGAGAGGAGAUUGCUGUUGCUGAUACGGUUCUGGCCAUCUCUGUUACUCGGGAUAGCAAUUCCGAUAGCCUGAAGCUCGUUUCCAUCCGCACGAUCGACCCUCCUUCCAGGUUAACGCAACCUGGUGUGCCUAACUCGGAAAAUGUGACUACGUUAGGUUCUGCAGCUGCUGCCGAAGAAGCUGCCACUCUGAACCCAUCCACAGGCGAGGAAGAGGUUCCAGGAGUUUGGAGGCCCCGUCGUGGAGGUGUGAAGAGGAGCACGGUUGCUCGCAUGGCUAAGCUCGUGCUCGAGAAAGGUGGUGUUGGUGAGGAGGUUCUUGAGGGUUUAGAGGGCGUUCAAGUCGGGUGA